CGUCCCCCAACCUCCCUCGCUCUUGACAUCGCAGCUCUCUCGAUCGCAAGCUCCACCGCAAGGCGAACCCACCCCGUAUCGUAGUCGAGAAGAAGAAGACAAAGUGGAGUAGGCCAUGUCCAACGUGCCCACCUCCCUCCGCGACUCCUCCCUCACCGUCUUCCGCCUCGCCAUCUCCAGCUCCGACCCCUGGCCCUUCUCUUCCUCCUGCCUCUAGCCACGAGCCUCCCCCUCAGCUUAGCCUCCUCUUCUUGAAUCUUGAUCAGCAACCAACCGAGCAGCUCCUUCUCGAUCUGGCCUGCCUGGCGGCCAUCAUCAUGCACGGCAAGCAGCAGCAGCAGCAGCAGCAGAUGGUGCCGGUGGCGCCCAAGGGGUGCGUGACGGUGCGGGUGGGCGCGGAGGGGGAGGAGCAGCGCCGCUUCGCCGUCCCGCUUGGCCACCUCAAGCACCCGCUCUUCGGCGCGCUGCUGGAGGAGGCCGAGCGCGAGUACGGCUUCCGCCACCAGGGCGCCAUCGCCAUCCCCUGCCGCGUCGACCGCUUCGUCCAGGUCGAGCACCUCAUCGACCAGGACCUCCACGGCAGCUGCGCGCAGCACCUCGUCGACCUCGACAGCGCCGCCGCCCCGCCGCACCACCACCACCACCACCACCACCACCACCUGCACCUGCCGCGCUUCGUCGGCUGCUUCCGCGCCUGAUCAAUCGGUCGAGGUGUCUCCUUUGUGCUGGUUGAUUAGCUUUCGGUUUGGCUCGUCCUCCGUUCUCUCUCGCCUUGGUUUGUGGGGGUUGAUGAUGCGAUUGGUUUGAAGCUUUGUGGCGAGAAGAGAGCCCAUGGAGGGCGAUGCAUCUAGAUGUUGACGAUGACGAAAAAUUGUGAUGAUGAACACAAUCAAUUGUAAAGAUCUAGAGAGAUCCUGUUGAUCUUUAGCCUUAGCUUUUUUUUCUUUCCUUUGCUUAUACGUCAAUAUAUACUUUGCUAUAAUAUGCUCUGCGAAAGUGGUUUUGUUCGUGUAAAUUAUAAAGAUUAAUUUUCUGAAUAUAUGGCCUUGCUAAA